GGACUAACCAUCAUUGAUUGGCUAUGACUUCAUUUGCCCCAUUCUUUAAACCAGGGCCCCGCAAGGCUGGGUUGGAUCCAUCUCAAAUUUCAAACCUUCCGAACAUUUGCAAGGCAUUGGUGAAUUCCAAAUCGUCAGUUUUGGUCAAUUACUCUAGAGUCCGAGUCUAGCUCUCUAGCACAAAUUAUGGCCGCGUCUAAUUCCCUAACAUUGUCGAGCGCGACCUUUGCAAAGCUCUCCCCGCAUCCGUUCCUCCUCGCAAACCUCCAGCCUUCAGACUCGUCAACACCCUCCUCACGCACAAAUGGACGACAACCACGCCAGGCGCGCCCCUACAGCGUUAAUACUUCAUCCCUAUCACACGCGCACGGUAGUGCUGUAGUCCGCUCCGGUGACACAACAGUUAUCUGUGGUGUCCGCGGCGAGACCAUUCUCACCUCUCAGAUCCCCAAUUACCGUGCACCGCAAGCCGAUGAUGCUACGAUUGGUAACGAACUGCGAGACUACGAUCUGCUAGUACCGAAUGUUGAACUAGCAACUGGUUGCGCACCCAACUUCCUACCGGGUGUACCACCAACUACACUUGCACAGACCCUGAGCACACGCCUUUUCUCUCUGUUACAUAGCUCGAAGCUCCUAAGUGCGGAAGAUCUGCGAAUAUACCACGAUGGUUCCGAGAAACAAGGCAGAGGAGAUACUGAGGAAGAAGAGAUUGGUGAAAUAGCGAAGGAAGUCAAGGCAUAUUGGGUGCUAUACAUUGACGUACUAUUUAUUUCCUUCGACGGCAAUCCCUUCGACGUAGCUUGGGCGGCAAUAUUAGCUGCUCUACGAGAUACAAAGCUCCCCUACGCAUAUUGGGAUGUGGAUCGCGAGUUGGUACUAUGCACUCGGCCAACCGAAAAGGAACCGACCCCCUUAAGCAUACGAGGGCUACCAGUAGCCUGCACAGCGGUCGUAUUUACAGCAAGGGAGAGACAGAAGAAAGGGAGCGGACAGUACUGGAUCCUGGUAGACCCGGACAGGUUGGAGGAGAGUUUGUGCGAUGAGACAGUAACGAUGGUGGUUGAUAAUACUGAGGGAGAAGCAAAGGUCUUAACGAUAUCUAAGAGUGGUGGAACAGUUGUUGGACCUGCUCUCAUGAGAGAGUUUGCUACUGUAGCCGCGAUACGGUGGAAAGAGUUCCGUGCUGUCUUACAAUAGAAAUCACUUGAUACCCAAAAAUGUAGAAUAAAUACGAAACUGCUACGAGAACGCUGUGGACUAAGUGAUAGGAGACUACAAUUGCAUACUAGGCCUGCAAUUUCUAUCAUAGUAACUGAAUAAUUCUGUCGCAAAGACAGAAUUGAAAUGAGAUGUAUCAACCCUUCGAACCAUCCUAUCAGGCGAUAUUCCAGGACAGUAGAUACGGGACGACUAAUUGGUCUGCCCGCCCAUUCAAGUGAGCAGCCUACUGAAAGGCUACUCUAUUACCAGCAUCGUGGCGCUUCGGAGGAGCAGAACGCUGGAUACUGGCGAGCGGUGGUUG